AUGAAUAUCAAGAACGAUUUUCGCUCGAAUGAUUUUUGGUCGAACGAUUUAGAAAUUCAACCACGUCGCGCUGCUGAUGACACUGGUUAUGGUUCUCAGAGAUAUAAAGAACUUGCGCAAAUACGUAUAAAAUCUGAGGAAAAAAAAUAUUGUUUUGCUGUUAAAUAUAUACGUGGCGUUUGUGAAGAAUGA